AUGUCGGGACCUGGGUCAAGCAGGGCCAGAGUUUACACAGAUGCUAAUACGCACAGCCCCUGAGAGUACUGGGAUUGCGAGUCACAUGUGGUGGGAUGGGGAGCCCAAGAUGAUUACCAGCUGGUUCGGAAAUUAGGCCGGGGUAAAAAUAGUGAAGUAUUUGAAGCCAUCAACAUCACAAAUAAUGAGAAAGUUGUUGUUAAAAUUCUCAAGCCAGUAAAGAAGAAGAAAAUCAAGCGUGAAAUAAAGAUUUUGGAGCCCUGGCCGAAUUUGCGAGGUGGUCCCAAUAUCAUCACACUGGCAGACAUUGUAAAAGACCCCGUGUCACGAACUCCCACCUUGGUUUUUGAACACGUAAACAACACAGACUUUAAGCAAUUAUACCAGAUGUUAACAGACUAUGACAUUCGGUCUUACACGUGUGAGAUUCGGAAGGCCCUGGAUUAUGGUCAUAGCAUGGAAAUUAUGCACAGAGAUAUGAAGCCCCAUAACGUCAUGAUUGAUCACGAGCACAGAAAGCUACAGCUAAUAGACUGGGGUUUAGCUAAAUUUUACCAUCCUGGCCAAGAAUAUAAUGUCCGAGUUGCUUCUCGAUACUUCAAAGGCCCUGAGCUACUUGUAGACCAUCAGAUGUAUGAUUAUAGUUUGGAUAUGUGGAGCUUGGGUUGUAUGCUGGCAAGUACGAUUUUCCAGAAGGAGCCAUUUUUUCAUGGACGUGACAAUUAUGAUCAGUUGGUGAGGAUAGCCAAGGUUCUGGGGACAGAAGAUUUAUAUGACUAUAUUGACAAAUACAACAUUGAAUUAGAUCCACGUUUCAAUGAUACCUUGGGCAGACACUCCCGUAAGCAAUGGGAAUGCUUUGUCCACAAUGAAAACCAGCACCUUGUCAGCCCUGGCCUGGAUUUCUUGGACAAGCAGCUGCGAUAUGACCACCAGUCACAGCUCACUGCAAGAGAAGCCAUGGAGCACCCAAACUUCUACACUGUUGUGAAGGACCAAGCUCAGAUGGGCUCAUUUAACGUGCCAGGAGGCAGUGCACCUGUCAGCAGUGCCAAUAUGAUGUCAGGGAUUUCUUCAGUGCCAACCCCUUCACCCCUCGGACCUCUGGCAGGCUCACCAGUGAUUGCUGCUGCCAACCCCCUUGGGAGGCCUGUUCCGGCUGCGGCUGGCGCUCAGCAGUAA